AUGUGCUGCGGCUGUGCUGAUGAAAAAGCUAGUGUCCUCGAGCAACGAGUUGUUCGGAAUUGUUUGUUCUACAGUUAUGACGAUUAUGGUCUUCAACCAUGUUGUUCCCGUUGCAGUGAAGGACUUGGUGAGGGAUAUGAUGGAGACAUAGCUUUUGCCAGUGCACCAGAAACUUUUGGCGGAGAGCAUAAUUAUCCUAUUAGUGUUGCCUUUGGAGGUCCUGUUAUAACAAAAUUUACUAUAGCAUUGAGAGAAAUAGGGAAGUAUAAAGAAGUCCUUCGAUCCCAGGUUGAACACUUGCUCAAUGAGCGGUUGCUGCAGUUUUUUAAUUUAGAUUUGCAUGAUGUCAAGCUAGUUUGCAGGAGGCACGGAAACGCUUUGACAAGGCUAGUCUUCUUUAUGAUCAGGAUGGUGUCGAUUAUAAAUUGUCGUGUUGCGAUCUAGCCAGUAGAUUGGUUUUUGGUUUUAUUUUGGAGGGGUAGGGUUUGAGAAUGCGCAUUGAGCGGCUAGUGAGAAACGUCAAAUAGUGAAAGAAUUGAGGCGAAUUAACAUGAGUGUUGGAAGCAUUGCUUUUUACCAAUUAACAUGAGUGUUGUAGCCAAAUCCACCAUUCUAUCAUCGUAAGUAAAUCUUCUAUUUUUUUAGA